AUGAUGACAUCAGCGAUCAUGGCAAGAAGGUUGGGUUCUACAGCUGGACGACGGCAUGCUCCUAUUAAGGGAAUACUUUUGGCUUUGAUAGCAACGGUAGAUGGCUUCUCUUAUGUUAACACGGUUGCAAGAGAGCGACAACGAAAGUUGAAUUCCAAUAUCAGGCAGUCAACAAGGCUAUAUUCACAACAUGCCACUAUUACGGAUAGUAUCCGGACGGCUUUUGAAGAGGACCAGACGGAUGGGAUCCUAAAACUCUCAGACUUGCAUCUUGAGACUGAUGUUGAUACCCUGGUUGAAGCUACCCUCGAUGCAAUCGACGACAACCGAGGACAUGUUGCUAGUAUCCUCAAUGGCUUCAUAGGAUCUUGCAUGUUCAUGGAAGAUGAGGCAACGGCAGCAUCAAAAGCUUGCGAACUAUUGGAAACGUUUGAGCAGCUGGAGGAAGAGAAGGAAAUCAGACCAGAUACUGUAACGUAUUCCUUGGCAUACAAUGUCAUUAACAGGGAUCCCGCCUCAGUUGAUCUUGCCAAUGUUGCCUUGCAACGUGCACAAAGGAUGAGCAAAAAAGUGGCUGGGACAAAGAGAAGAAAGGCACUGGCCGCAUCUCGCCGAAAGAAAGUAAGCGAAAGCUGCAAAUCGGUUGAGAGUGACCUGAAGGAACUUCUUGGGGGUGAUUUCGAGGUGCUCCACGAGUCAGUCGAUGCUUUUGUGAUCAACAAACCAAGUGGGAUUUCUUGUUUUCACAAGAAGAAAACGACUGCUGGAAAGGUAAAGAAGGGGAAAGCUUCUCACAAGUCAUCCGAUGUCAGUCUGGAAGAUGCGCUGUCGCUAUGCGGGGUACCUUUGUCCACAUUGAAUCCAGACGCACUAGGCCUGGUGCAUCGUCUUGAUCGAGGAACAUCAGGAUGCAUGGUUCUAGCAAAGACUGACCAAGCUCAUGCAAGCUUGGUAUCGGAGUUCUUUCUUCGAAAAUGUGAGAAGCAGUAUACAACAAUUGUUGCACCAGCUCCUUUGUUUUCAACCCCAGACUCUGGAUCUAUUGACAUGCCUGUGAACGGAAGACCCGCAAAGUCAGAAUAUCAUAUUGUGAAACGAUACGAUAGCACAGCUGCUCUGGUAAACUUCAAAACACAUACAGGUCGAAAACACCAGGUUCGAGUCCAUGCUGCAACUUCCGAUCUUGCCUCGCCAGUAUUGAACGACCAUUUGUACUCCAGAGAAGACAGGAUACCAGACCUUCCAGACGAUGUUAUCGAGAGCGAUAAUGCAAAAGCACGAUUCUUUCUGCAUGCUUCCUCACUGUCGAUUCCACGGUAUGAAAUAAACUGCCAAGCUUCGCUUCCCAGCUGGUGGAAACCAUUGCUUCAAUCAAUACAAAAUACUUCCUCAGAAGACUAG